UAUAAAGUACAAACAGCAAUAGCGACGUAAAAAUUUUACCGACAUGUCUACCUCCAGGACUUUAUUUUGUGAUCUUUGUGUCAUUUUACUGUUUGGUGUGACAGUUUUAGCAGAAGAAAUUAAUACGAAACCAGCACUACAACUCGCAGAGUUUUUUAAAGGGAACUGCUCGUGUGGAGGAUUUCCAAAUAGUGAGCCAGAAGUAGGCAGUGAACCAUUGCUGUCGCAAUCAUCUGGACUGGCAGUGAAUUGUGCUGAGGAAGGGCAGCUCACAUGUAAGCGUAUGUGUAAUGCUCUUGCUAUUGCCACCAAGGCUAAGGGACCUGAGAUUCUAUGCAAUAAGCUGAAAGAUGUGAACGAAUUAAAGCUGUCGGCGUUCUAUAAAGUAUGCGACAAACCUUGGAUAUAUGCAGACAUAACAGCCGAAGAACCUAUUUGCUGUGAAAGUGGCGUGGUAAAGAUUUGCGCGUCCGCCGAAAAAACCAAUGCUACGGACAUUAUUAAUGUUAAGACGGUAAUGUAAUUACCGAGAUGAAGACAGACAAUGUUAAGAUGUAUAUUAUCUUAUAUCAAUUUUUUCGUUUAUCAUUGACAUGUUAACCAGGCGAAUAAAUGUAUGAUUAAUAAAUUUAUAUGUGUAAAGGCA